UCAGGUGUUCAGCGGGGAAAUGGGGGGACUAAUCAUCACCCUUCAUCAGGUGGAGAACGACGAGCCAGCCCUGGUGAAAGGUAUUUUGGACCCAUCGAAGUGGCUCAAACGUAAACUUCAAAUCACACUAAUUAACAAUGUGACUCACCCUUUGCUCGAGGUCAUAGGUCAUGGGCCAAUGAUAACCCCCAACACUUUGCUGUCUAUGCAGGUGGAUCUACAAACGAUCGACAACGUGCACGUGAGAAAGAGUCCGGACUGGAGUGAAUCGGAGUGCGUGGAGGUGAAGGACCUUGCGUACGGGGAUUCGGACGACUUCUUUUUCACUGAAGGCAACUGCAUGACGGCGCUCUACAGGGAGUGCACUGUCAGGCUGUGCGGCUGCAGCAGUUAUUUCCAAGAUAAUUUGGACCUAUCUCCAAAGCUGUGUUCUGUAAACACUUCUAAUGUUUGCAUCAAUCAGCUGACGGCCUUCAUGACUCGUGAAGUUCCCGAGGAAAAGAGAGAGAUAGUUAACGAAGUGGCCGUGUGCGCCUCGAACAUCACUAGCCGUUGUCGCCGCGUGUGUUCUUUGAGCAGCUUCAAAACAUCGACCGUGAGCCAGCCGCUCCCCUCGUACCAAAUGGCCGAGCUCAAGCAACGUUUUGGCCUCGAAGAGCAGGACGUCUUGACGCUGGUGACAAUUUUCUACCCUUUGCUGGAGUACGAAGAGGUCAUUCUGUCCAGGAAAUCUUAUGGGGAUUUACUUAGUGACUUGGGCGGCUCAACAGGUGUCUUCCUCGGUUUCUCCUUCAUCACGCUUAUGGAGUGCUUCAUCUUCUUCGUCUUCUGCCUGAGCGCCGCCUUCAGGAAGUUCCUCUGUCGCAGGAAGAAGUCAGCUGCGAAGGACACGGUGGCGCCUCCGGAGAAAACGAAUAAGUCCCCGUUUUCUUUGCAGAAGAGCGCUUGGUAGAUCGUUAUUUUGGCUUAGUUUCUUUGUUGCGUUUCUGUAGGUAUGGGUAAGCUGGGAUAUGUAUGGGGACGUUGGAUUUUAAUAUUAUUUAGCUUUGUUUUGGAUGUGAUAUUUUAGAUUCUUUGUUGGAUGUAGGGUGUAAUCGUUUGUUUACGACGCCCGUUAACUUCACAGGUGUGGGAAAAUUUUAAUUAACCUGUAUAUAGCUAUAAUACUAUAUUAUGAUAUUAUACCACUUGGAAUUUAGGUAAACCAUAAUUAUAUCGUCUAUUAGAACAGAUGAAAUAAAACUAUUACAUAACUCCUUAACUCUCUUGCUGGUAUCACACACGCACUCUAACCUAGUGUAACAGGGUUUACUUAUAACUACUGCACUACAACACAUCCUGUAUUGAAGCCUAAUAUUGAUGAUUUUCCUUAGUGAAAAUAGGUCGCAAUGGUAAAAAUUUCAUGCCUUGGCGAACGCGUUUACAGAUUCCAUCAAGAACGUUGGAAAUCCUAACGUGCGGUCUGUAUCCAUAUUUUUUCCCGCCUUACGCUGGCCUUGCUAAGCGAUCAUCAUGACCAUGCUUAGGCAUUCCAACACACGAUAGUAAACCACACGAAAUGUAUAACGUGGCCCCGUUCCUUUAUUCUAAUACAUGUUCAUUUUGGUGUUACUUGCAAUGUUUCCAAAACGUUUCUCGAGAGCGCUGCGACCUGGAGAGCACUCUAUAUCUCCCGAGUCUUGAUUCAAUUUCAAUUCUGUCGCUAGAAGUAUUGCUGCCAGUUCAGGUCGCGUAGUACUCGUCCUCUUAUGAACCCUCCUGAAGUCCUCCUGCUUCAAAAUAUCGUUAUAUAUACACUAUAAGUGCACACCGCUCUGCUUCCAGUUUGUGUUCGGAUUCGAAUGAUUACGCACGAUUAGGUCCGCUUAUUUUUAUUCCAAUUGCCUUUGGAAAAAGUAGGAUAGAUAAGAUCUCUGGCUGCUUCAGUACCUAUUGUAGUAUAUGCACUGUUCUUUCGUAUAAUAGAGACGCUAAGCUGAUUUAUAGGAAUGUUUUUUGUUCUUUAAGGGCUCCGAAAGUAAUCCUCAUGGCUUCGCUCUGCAAUUUUUUGAAUGGCCAAUUUUGAUUCCCAAUACAAUGCAUAAUCUACUACAGAUUGUAUGGAAUAUGGGGGAAAUACCUUUAUUUUGUUUUGUUUCGAUUUGCAUUUUUUUCAGUCGAGAAUAUAGAUACAGUAUAGUCCUUGCUGAGAGUAUACAAAAUAAAUCUAUUGCGUUGGCUGCUGGAAUGGACAUUUAAUGCAAAUAUCAUUACUGCUGCAAAUUAUGGAAUCAUAUCGUUCUGAAAUAUGAAAAUUAGGAUACUGAAUAACAUGGGACCUUUAACUCAAAAAAA